CUAGAUGCCUGGAUGUUUCCACUCCUUGACCUCGUCAUCGACAGCAUAGGCCAUAAGGUCUCCGCCGUCAGCAGCCUGGGGCUGGAGGCAUCGAAGCUCAUUGUGGAUGGGACUCAUCCAGAGUCCUUCCGCCUCGUCCUGCCCUUCUUGACAAGAGCCUGCCAGCAUGACAAAGCCAAGGUGAAGCUGUUCGGCAUGUCGACCAUCAGCGAGCUCGCGGAAGGAAGGUGCUCUACUCAAGUCGCAAACGACUUGUACGAGCUAGUCCCACUCCUCACGGUGAACAUGUGGGAUUGCAAGGACGAGGUGGUGGAGGCAGCAAGGCGAUGCCUCGAAGUCUGCUGCGUUGCGGCCAACAAUCGUGACCUCAAGCCGUUCAUCCCCAAGCUCAUCAACUGCGUCCUGCACCCCGAAAACGUUCCUGAGUGCGUUCAUCAACUUGCUGCGACCGUCUUUGUGCAGGAGAUCAAGUCCCCGGCUCUCGCCGUCACUGUCCCUCUGCUCGAGCGAGGCCUCAACGAAAGAGACACCGUGAUCCGCCGCAAGGCGUGCACCAUCGUCGAGAACAUGUGCAAGAUGAUCGACCAUCCCGAGGAGGCGAUCGCCUUCAUGCCCAAGAUCAAGCCCAUGGUGAGCAGGGCGGCGGAGGAGAUUCCAGACCCUGAGGCUCGCGGAGUCGCCGGCAAGACUCUCAAGACGCUCCUUGGCAUCGAAGAGGCGGCGAUCGAGUCGCGGCAGCUGAACCCGGAGGCUGUCUUGGAGAUCUGGGGGUCUGUGUUCCCAGCUACUGAUCCUUCUGAGAAGAAGUUGGGGUACGAGGAGGCAGUCGCGCACGUGUGCAAAGUGUGCUCUAGUCUGAUCACCGAUCGCAACUUCGAACACGCGACGUGGCGGGAGGUGCUCGAGGAGCACAUGAAGCCCUUCGCUCCCAUAGCCCAGGAGGCGAGCGAUCAGCUAAGAGACCUGUGCUACCGCGAGUCGCGACCCAAGGUGGCGGAGGAAGACUGGGACGAGGAAGGCGAGGAUCUCUGUAACAUCGAGUUCUCGCUGGGCUAUGGCGCAAUGAUGCUGCUGACCAACACGCGGCUGCACAUGAAGCGUGGGAAAAGGUACGGCUUGUGUGGGCCCAAUGGAUGCGGCAAGUCGACACUCAUGCGGGCGAUUGUGAACGGGCAGGUUGACGGGUUUCCUCCUCCCGAUAAGCUGCGGACGGUGUAUGUGGAGCAUGACAUUCAGGGGGCAGACGUGUCGAGCUGUGUCAUCGAUUUCGUGCUGUCGGACCCGCGGCUGAAGGAGGAGUCGCGGGAUGAAGUGACUCGCGUCCUCAAGAGCGUUGGUUUCACCGACGAGCUCUUAGCCAAGUCCAUCCAGGCGCUCAGCGGAGGAUGGAAGAUGAAAGUAGCGCUUGCUCGGGCGAUGCUGCUCAAGGCGGACAUCCUGCUGCUCGACGAGCCCACGAACCAUCUGGACAAGAACAACGUGCAGUGGUUGGAGGAGUACCUGACGUCGCUGCAUAACGUGACGUCGAUGGUAGUGAGUCACGACUCGCGAUUCCUCGAUCGUAUCUGCACGCACAUCACGCACUUUGAGAAGAAUCGCAAGCUCAAGACCUACCGGGGGAACCUUGCGGAGUUUGUGCGGCAGAAGCCCGAGGCGAAGGCGUACUAUGAGCUGGCGAGUGAGGAGGUGACAUUCACCCUGCCGGAGCCAGGGUUCCUAGAAGGCGUCAAAUCCAAGGGCAAGGCCAUCCUCAAGAUGUCGGACGUAUCGUUCGCCUACCCCGGCAGCUCCAAGCCAACGGUGUCGAAGAUCAGCCUACAAGCGUCGUUGCUGUCAAGGGUGGCUGUCGUGGGCCCUAACGGGGCAGGCAAGUCGACGAUCAUCAAGCUGCUGACAGGGGAGCUGAAGCCUGACAGCGGGACCGUGUGGAAGCAUCCCAACAUGCGCAUCGCCUACGUUGCACAGCACGCGUUCCACCAUCUCGAGAAGCACCUGGACAAGACGCCGAAUGAGUACAUCCAGUGGCGCUACGCGGGAGGGGAGGACAAGGAGUCGCUGACAAAGGAAGGCAAAAAGGUGACGGAAGAGGAGGAGGAGCAGAUGAAAAAAGUGCAGAUGAUCUGGACUGAUGAUGGAAACGUGGAGAAGCGAGUAGUGGAAGAGAUAAUGGGGAGGAGGAAACUCAAAGGAGGCUACGAGUACGAGGUCAAGUGGGUUGGGUUGCAGUCGGACAAGAACUCGUGGCUCGAACGGGAGAAGCUUGUCGAGAUGGGCUUCACCAAGAUGCUCAACCGUGUCGACGAGCGCGAGGCCCUGCGACUCGGAACGUCGGGAAAGGCACUGACUGCCAAGAACGUGGAGGAUGUGCUGGGAAAGAUGGGGCUGGAAGCUGAAUUUGCGACUCACAACAGGAUCCGAGGGCUGUCGGGAGGACAGAAGGUCAAGGUGGUGCUGGCAGCGGCAAUGUGGGAGGACCCGCACAUCCUGGUGCUAGACGAGCCGACGAACUACCUCGACCGCGACUCGCUCGGGGCCCUGGCGACGGCGAUGAAGACGUACGGAGGCGGAGUGAUAAUGAUCAGCCACAACCAUGAGUUCACGCGGGAGGUGUGCACAGAGACGUGGAUAUGUGAGGAGGGGCGACUGAAACGCGAAGGGAAGAGCUUCACUGACGACGUCAAGAUAGUCGCGCCCACCAACAGCUUGUUCACGGGAGAGAAGAAAGAGGUGAAGGACUCGUACGGGAACACCAUUCAAGUUGAGAACCAAGUGAAGCUGACGGGGAAGGACCUCAAGAAGUACAAGAAGAUGAAGGAAGCGAGGAAGAAGCGAGGAGAGGACGUCAGCGACUCCGAGUGA